GCUGGACCAUAUCGGCCCGCAGCGGGUCCAGUCGUCUCAUCUCGAUCAGUCAUCGUUGUCAGUGCGAGUGAAACGUUUCCAGCCGUCAGAACCACUACAGCCUAACAGCGAGCGGGAGUGGAGCCCGGCCAGCGUGUGAAUGCGAAGGAAAGCGGCGGAGAAGCACAAUGGCCCUCAACCAGAACCACUCCGAGUCCGGCGGAGUCAUCAUCAACAACAGUGAGAGUGUUUUGAUGUCUUAUGAGAAUGUGGAGCUGGCGUUCAAUGAUGCAGACCGCUUGCCAGACCUUUUUAAGAAGAGCAAGAAGGGGAGCAUCUUUCUCACACCGUACAGGGUGAUCUUCGUGACGAAGGGGAAAGAUGCUCUGCAGUCCUUCAUGAUGCCGUUCUACCUGAUGAAGGGCUGUGAGGUUAAACAGCCUGUGCUUGGGGCCAACUACGUCAAGGGCACCGUGAAUGCUGAACCAGGGGGUGGUUGGGAGGGGACUGCCACCUUCAAGCUGAUCUUUAUCGCUGGAGGAGCCAUUGAGUUUGGCCAGUACAUGCUGCAGGUGGCAGCUCAGGCCUCUAGAGGGCAGCCUGUAGUUGGCAACGUUGGAUGUGCAUACAUGGCCAACGGAGCAUAUGCAUGCCCACCUCCCCCUUCAGCUAACGGAAUCUACUCCACUGGUCCUCCGCCUCCUGGCUACUCCUACCCUGGGCCCCCACCUCCAGGUGCAUUCUACCCCAACCCUCCUGGUUUUGAUGGUCCAGCAGCUUACAUGCCUCCUCCCCCAUAUUCUGCAUCAGUGGCCCAGUCUUCUCUAGACCCAGUCCUACCCCGGACACCUGCAGCGGAGGCAAAAGCAGCAGAGGCAGCAGCCAGCGCAAGCUCUUCCUCCCUCGCGUCGACUCAUGUUUAUCUGCCAGAAGACAAGCCUCCACCUUACUCGCCACCUGAAGACAAGAAGAACCAAUAAAUUUCUGACCAGCAGUUCCACAGCUAGCCCUCAGUCUUCUCUCUCUCAUACACAUGAUCUUAAUAGCAGCAUUUCAUUUCAUUAGCUCAACUAAUAGUGUCCUCUUGUAAAGCUACUUGCAGUAGCUCGAGCCUUUGCCAGGUGGUAGCAAAUGCGAUUCCCAGUAUCUGUACUGUGGGGAGUGAGAGGAAAGCAGAAAGUUUCUGAUUUCAUUGCCUAAAUCAGAGGUACUUAGAACUUUAGGACUGUUAGCUUAUCAGCAGUGACCAGUCACAACGGUAAAUUACAGGAUUCCUUAAUUUUAUU